AACUUUGAAACAUUUUGAAAUUAAAAACAGUUAAAACGGUGGAUAUUGCCUGUUUCACAAAAAAUAUUUGAUAAAACGCAUGCUUCAUUAUCGGCUUGUUUGUUUUUAUGAGCAACAGAGUGAACUGAUAUUGUCAAUUAUUUGCGCGGCGGGUUUUAUACUGUAUGGUGAAGAAUAACUGUUGGAUCGCGUCGCUGUUGCUUCGACUUGAUGAAAUCAUAAGAUACAUACACACACACAGACACGCGAACACACAUCGACACACACUCGGCACACACACACACACCCAGCACACACAAGUGUAAAGUGUAUGUAAAUCAGCACUGAAAUUUUUUUAUACUUUUUUUUUUGUGCAACGUUUGUGUAUGUAUAUGUAAGCAGUAGAGUAGCGAUCGCGUGUGCGUGUGUGUGUCAGCGCGCCUGUGAGCGCUAAAGAAUGCACAUAUGAAUGUGUGUGCGCCGCCGCCGCCUAUACACAAGAUGAAUGAAAAAUAAAUGAUAUUAUGGAUGAUGAUAUAGAAUGGAAUAAAACAAAGCCUGCCAACAAACUACGCGGAUAUAUGUUGGCGAAAAUUUGUUAAAUCGGUUGUGACAAAAUAGUAUAACCAUCUAAAAGUUUCCAAUGUGUGGUGGCAUUUUUUUUUUGUCUUUUUGUUGUCGUUGUUGCCUAUUUUUGUGCCCAUAGGCGGAGCUCGUGCGCGAAGAACCAGAACCUGUUUUGCCGACGGGAGACAGCGAGCUCGCGUGCAUGUUGUUGUUGUUCAUUUUUUUAUAUUGAAGAGUGAUAGAGUUUUGUGUGUUUACCAACAACAACAACAACUACCACAAUAACCACAACAACAUCAACGAAUUCGAAUUCAACAAAAAAUAAGCAAGCAAGAAAGAAAGAAAGAACAACAACAAUCGAGUCAAGAUUCAGAAUCAACAUUCAAAAAACUUAAAGAAUUCCAAUAAUACUGUAGCCAAAUAUCGCGUUGAAGUGCCAAAGUGAAAUCGUCGAUGUGCAGAGAGAUGCCCCUUAAAACGCCAGAAUAUGGGCUUAAGGGGGCUUAGAGCGAGGGAUGGCUGCGCAGCCAUCCAGGAUGCCCAGAUCCAGAUGCGAUUCAACGAUCUAGUUAUAGUUAUAAAUUUACUCUUGAGCACGUUCACCAAUUGUAGUAGCGAUUAUAGCGGCAACAAGGCGCUCGCAAUCGAGAACGUUUAAGAGACCACAGAGCAAGAAGAAAGAGAGAAAAGAGGGAGGCGCCAUCGCCUUGAAUUACGGUAAAAAAAUGCCGCAUACACACACACGCCAUGGAUCAUCCGGAGAUGAUUUAGGCAGCACCGAUGAGGUGAAGAUCUUCAAGGAUGAAGGUGAUCGUGAGGAUGAGAAAAUAUCAUCCGAGAAUUUGCUGGUCGAGGAAAAAUCUAGCCUGAUAGAUUUAACGGAGAGUGAGGAAAAGAGUGGCAAGACAGUGACAAGACCGGAUCACAGCCCGGUUUUCAAUAAGCUUGAACCUCAUGCACCCAGCUUUAAUAUGGGAUAUUUGGUGUCGCCGUAUUCGUACACAAAUGGAACUCCCGGCGGCCUGCCGGUGACUAUGGCAAAUAAAAUUGGACUACCUCCGUUCUUUUGUCAUAAUGGCGACCCUCUAACCACACCACCGCCAGCACAUUGUGGCAUACCUCCGUAUCAGCUGGACCCAAAAGCUAUUGGUCUGACUCGCCCUGCGUUAUAUCCAUUCGCGUCAAGCCAAUAUCCUUAUCCCAUGCUAAGUCCUGAUAUGUCACAGGUAGCUUCAUGGCACACUCCAUCUGUAUACUCGGCCUCUAGCUUUAGGACACCCUACCCCUCCUCAUUACCAAUUAACACAACGCUUUCAAGCGACUUCCCAUUCCGAUUUUCACCGAGCCUGUUGCCUUCAGUUCACGCCACGCCUCACCACGUAUUGAAUUCACAUCCUGCGAUUGUUGCGCCCGGUACUAAACAGGACUGCGGCGCCCAGGACACAACAUCGAAUAAUCGGUAUUCAAGAAACUUGGAUACAAAAAACUCAUCGAAUUCGCAAGGAAACGACUGUAAAGAUAGUUCGAUUGAUAAGAAGAAACCACAUAUCAAGAAACCCCUCAAUGCAUUUAUGCUCUACAUGAAGGAGAUGCGUGCCAAAGUCGUAGCCGAAUGCACACUUAAAGAGUCAGCGGCCAUCAAUCAGAUACUGGGGCGACGGUGGCAUGCCUUGGGGCGUGAAGAACAGGCCAAGUAUUACGAGUUGGCGCGGCGAGAGCGCCAACUGCACAUGCAAAUGUAUCCCGAUUGGAGUUCGCGCACGAACGCGUCGCGCGGCAAGAAAAGGAAACGGAAGCAAGAUGUCAACGACGGAGGAGGCAAUAACAUGAAGAAGUGCCGCGCCCGCUUCGGACUGGACCAGCAGAAUCAGUGGUGCAAGCCCUGCAGCCCAAGUUUAGGCGUUAUAUCAACGGUGAACAACAGCGGCGGCAGCGGCGGCCCAGGCGGAGUGGGCGGCCUGGGCGUUGGCGUUGGAGUCGGCGUGGGCGUUAAUGUGGGGAUGCUGACGCCGAUCGUGAGUGGCAUCGGUGGGACAGUAAUGCUGCCCAACUCUUCUUCAUCCUCGUCCUCAUCCUCAUCCACCUCGUCGUCGCACACGCAUAUGCAGCUGCUUGCUAAUAGCAGCAAUGGAACAUCGUUGAAUGGUGGCGGUGGCGGCGGCGGAGGCGGUGGUGGAGCGGCUGCCACAGGGGCGCAACAGCUCUCGCCGCAGGCACCACCGACUUACGUCAAUUUGUAA